CAACAAUCCCUAUAUGCCGGAGGAAAAUACAAUAAUAAAUACACAGAAAAAGUAUUUGAGACCGAAAAGGACAUCCUAAUGGAAAGAGAUUUGCUUUCCCAAGAAGAAGAAACUCUUGAGAAAGUAAUUGAAGCUUAUAACAAUGAACCAGCCAAUACUGAGAAGUGCAAUAAUACAAGAAAUAUCAACAACACUCAA